AAAUAGAUGUCAUUCGCUUGUCAUUCGUUUUGUGAAAAUGGUAGACGAUAAAUUGUCGUUUUUAUAUUUAUUUUUGUAACUGAAAAAAUUGUAGUGUUUAACAGUCAUGACUGAAAAAGAACUGACGAUGGAACAACUCGAAGAAACAGUGAAGCGUACAGACGAGCAGCUGGAUCUCAUGGAGUGGAAAAUGGACAAUGUAGAGAAACAGAUGGUCCAACCAUUAGACCAAGACGUCUGCAUCGUUAAUCUGCUCAGAUCAGUCUCAGAGGUGCGCUCGGACUACCAACAACUGCGACGCGAGCUGGUAGAGGUGCAGGCGUUGCAGCGGGAACUGUCCACUCGGCUCCGAACACAGCUACGCCUCGUUCACGGGAAGUUCGCUCGUCUACGACAACGUAUAGCCGCCGCCUCGCCCCCGCACUAA